GCCAAGAAGCAGAGGGCCCAGGAGCGUUCCAAGCGCAAAGCGCCUUUGGGCCAGGGCCGCAGCGCACGCUCUGAGCGCAAGAAGCGUGCUAAAGCUCAACAAGAGCUGCAGGCUCAGCUGGGAGAGCUCCACACAGCGCAGAAGAGAAAGCUGCAGCAGGCAGGAGCAUCAACAGAUAAGAGCACUGGCUAUGCAAAAGCCUUGCAAGCAGAUGCGUCCCAAGUCAAUGAGGACUUGCUCCCGCCACUCAAACGGUGCUUCUGGCCUGAGACAGUGCCAGAGGGGGAGCCUGACGACGCAUUGAAAAUGAAGCGAAAAUCGUUGGGAAUCAAGGUUCGGGGCAGUCCUAUCCCUCCACCAGUGGAGACGCUGUCGGACUCUCUGCUUCCACCGGCCUUCGGCCUCUUCUUUAAGGGUGCAAGGGGCGGCAAGCUCGUCAAGCCCACGCCAAUCCAGAUGCAGGUAUGGCCUGCCGCUCUCAGCGGCGUGGAUGUGCUCGGAAUCGCUCCAACGGGAAGUGGUAAGACCCUCGCUUAUUUACUGCCAGCAGCGAUCCACAUUGCGGGGCAAGCCGGCCAGCGGAAAGACAAUCAGAGCCCUUCCUGCUUGGUCUUAUUGCCAACAAGAGAGUUGGCAUCACAGGUCGGCGAUCACUUCAAAGGCAAGGGCAGUCUCAGGCAAGUCCUGGGUUUGCGCGGUGACGCCAUCUACGGCGGGGUAGGCAAGGAGGUGCAAGUGGAUAGCAUCCUCACAUCAGGCUGCCCAGAGGUUCUGUCCGCAACGCCUGGGCGGCUGUUGGACCUGAUGGGUCUUGGAGCUUUGUCCUUGGGAAAUGUCAGCUUUCUGGUUUUAGACGAGGCUGAUAAGAUGCUGCAGCUGGGUUUUGAAGACCAGCUGGAUGCCAUCGCCAAGGGGAUACGCCGAGACCGCCAGUGCCUCCUCUUCUCUGCGACAUUUCCUUUGCGCCUACGCCAGGCUGGAGAUCGCUGGCUGACCUGCAAGGACAAAGUGGUUGUCCGGGUCGGCUCAGUCGACAUCGGCGGAGCUGAGGAAGAAGAUGGCACGGCUCCAGGCGACACGGCAACACCUAAAGCUGAUAAAGCGGAGAGCAGGACGAGUGACCUGGCGUCCACACUCACUGUCAGUAAGUCCAUCGAGCAAAUUGUGCAUGUCUGUGCCGAUCACAAAAAGUUUCGCAAGCUGAUACGCUUCAUGGACAAGAUCCGGCAAGAGGAGAAGGAGCAAGGCGUGCGCCAGCGAGCUCUCGUGAUCGUCUUUUGUAACACCAUCAAGACGUUGAAGGCUGUUGCGAGCUUCUUGGGAAAGCAUAAGCACCCCUGCGCACCACUUCACUCUGGCAUUCCUCAGGUGAAGCGUGAGAAGGCUCUCCGGGAAUUCAAGGCUGGUAGCCUGCAGCUGUUGGUUGCCACUGACGUGGCUGCGCGAGGCCUUCAUGUGAAGCACUUGCGCUACGUCAUCAACUACGACUUUCCGCCGAAUCUGGAGCAGUACUGCCAUCGCAUCGGACGAACCGGGCGAGACGGAGAGUCAGGAACUGCGUUCUCCUUCUUCACAAGGAACCUGUCUCCUUUGAGCCGCGAUCUGAUAACCCUUCUCGAGCGAAGUGGGCAAAAGGUGGAUCAACACCUCCGUGCGCUUGCUGAAGGCAAGGCAGCACCCACGGCUGGCAGCGAUGAUGAAGAGAGCAUGGAGGCCACAGCGGAGCAUUCGGCAGCACAAGUUGUCGAAGAGCCUGCAGCCGAUGAUGGCAGUGAAGACCACAAUGACUACGAUCCUUUCGCGUCAGUCGGCGGCGGCUUGCGCAUAGCCCCACGUAAGCGCCGCGAGGUCUCCAGCUCAGAGGAAGAUGAAGAUCCUCCGCAAGAGGCUCAGGAAGAGAAGCCCGACUCGGAGCCUCCAGCAGGAUCCAGUUCCAGGCCAAAGCAGCCUAAGCACAAGGACUCCAAAAAGGUGAAGCGCUUGCGCGGCAAACGUGGUGGUGCCAAGCAUCGAACAAGCUGA